CAAAGUUCUUCUGCAGAUCAUUAACAUACAGCUCUUGGGAGCACCUUUCUCCCUUGUGUAAGUUAUGGGAUAGGUGUUCAUCUGACUACACAGUGCAAGAUAUUCAGGUUCCUGCUGUAACAGCCUGAUACCCUCCCAUCUGCUUCUGAAAUGGCUAACAACACAAUCACCAUAUCCAGAGAAGAGCUGGAAGAAUUAAAAGAAGCAUUUAAAAAAGUCGAUAUUGAUAACAGUGGCUAUGUCAAUGAUUAUGAGCUCCAUGACUUGCUCAAAGAAGCCAGUGUUCCUUUGCCUGGCUAUAAGGUCAGAGAAAUUAUAGAAAAAAUAUUUUCAGCAGCGGAUCGCAACAAGGAUGGAAAGAUAGACUUUGAAGAAUUUGUGGGGCUGAUACAAGACCUGAAAAGCAAAGAGGUGAGCAGAACAUUUAGAAGAUCAAUCAACAGGAGGCUGGGAAUAACUGCUUUAGGAGGGACAUCUUCUAUUUCCAGCCAAGGAACACAACACUCUUAUUCAGAUGAGGAGAAGGUAGCCUUUGUUAACUGGAUAAAUAAGGCUUUAAAAGAUGACCAAGACUGUGCACAUCUCGUACCUAUGGAACCAUCCAAUAAUAGCCUCUUUAGCUCACUCAGGGAUGGAAUCCUACUUUGCAAAAUGGUCAAUAAGUCUCAACCAGACACUAUUGAUGAAAGAGCAAUUAAUAAAAAGAAACUGACGGAAUUCACCAUUUCGGAAAAUAUAAACCUUGCACUGAAUUCAGCUUCAGCUAUUGGUUGUACCGUUGUCAACAUUGGAUCCCAUGACAUAAAAGAAGGAAAACCUCACUUGGUGCUUGGCCUCCUUUGGCAGAUUAUCAAAACAGGAUUGUUUGCUGACAUUGAAAUCUCCAGGAAUGAAGCUCUUAUUGCUUUGCUUAAUGAUGGGGAGCAGCUGGAAGAAUUAAUGAAGCUUUCUCCUGAGGAACUUUUACUUCGUUGGGUGAACUACCACUUAAACAAUGCUGGCUGGCAUCCAAUAAGCAACUUUAGUCAUGACAUUAAGGAUUCCAGAGCUUACUUCUACUUGCUAAAAGAGAUUGCGCCCAAAGAUGAAGUUCUCAUUGACUUCUCUGGAUUUCAUGAGAACAGUGAUUUGAAGAGGGCUAAUUACAUGCUUCAAGAAGCAGACAAAUUAGGCUGCCGGCAGUUUGUGACUCCCUCAGAUGUGGUUGCAGGCAACCCUAAACUGAAUUUAGCUUUUGUUGCUAAUCUGUUUAAUAUGUACCCUGCUCUGAACAAAGUCAAUGGCUAUGAUAUGAAUCUAAUUGAAGGGGAAACUAAUGAGGAAAGGACAUUCAGGAAUUGGAUGAACUCUCAGGGGGUCAGUCCAUAUGUUAACCAUUUAUUCAGUGAUUUGACAGAUGCCCUAGUCAUCUUCCAGCUGUAUGAUAGGAUCCGAGUGCCGGUGGAGUGGAGUCGUGUCAACAAGCCACCAUUUUCAGUUUUAGGAGGACAUAUGAAAAGGAUAGAGAAUUGCAAUUACGCAGUAGAUCUUGGAAAGAGAAGGGCCAGAUUUUCUUUAGUGGGCAUUUGUGGGCAUGACCUGCAUGAAGGAAAUCGUACAUUAACUCUCGCCUUAGUCUGGCAGUUAAUGAGAAGGUACACAUUGAAUAUCCUAUCCGAUCUUGGAGAAGGGGAGAAGGUUGAUGACCGGACUAUUAUAAACUGGGUGAAUGAAACACUUGCUAAUGCAAACAAGACUACAUUUAUUCAUAGCUUCAAGGAUUAUUCCAUCAGCACAAGCUUGCCUGUUUUGGAUUUAAUUGAUGCCAUUGCACCUAAAGCAAUAAAUCCAGACAUGGUAAAAAGGGAAAAUCUUUCUGAACCAGACAAGCUGAAAAAUGCUAAGUAUGCCUUAUCGAUUGCUAGAAAGAUAGGAGCACGGAUAUAUGCCCUGCCGGAUGAUUUGGUCGAGGUUAAACCAAGGAUGGUGAUGACAGUAUUUGCAUGUCUAAUGGGCAGAGGAUUAAACAAAUUAAAAUAAAGUUUUUUCUCCCCUAAGUAUCCAUUAUUUACUGCCAUGUUUAGUUCAUUGAAGUUGACAUACUUAGCAGAACCCUGCUACCUAUGGACUAAAUAAAAGAUGUCUAAUGAUUGAUUCAAACAGAAUAUCAAAGGAGCACUAUUGUAUGUAUAAAAUGAUGUCUAAUCUGUGCCUAUUUAAUAUACCUAAUUUAACUAAAGCAGCACAUUUUACUGGAGUAAUGUCAUAAAAUAGUAUAUGGGAUGGUAAUAUAUACAUUGCAUACUGUAAAAUGUAUUCCAACUAGGAGGUUCCUUUUACUAUAUCUGUUGAUAUAAAUAACCUGAAAUAUGUUGAUGAAUUUUCAUGUGUAUGCCAAACAAAAAUUAAAUAACUGAAAUCCUCCAAUAAUUUUGAUGAUAAAAAUGUUUUCUUUGUAAAGUGAAACAGAUUGUUCAGUUAAACUGCCUCUGCAUUUUGUAUGUAUACAGUAUCUUUAAAUUUAAAGACUGAUCUUAUAUUAAGUUUCUUAUCGUAAUAAAGGCAAAUUUUUAAAGUAUAAUAGUAAUUUAAGGCAAAUACAAAAGCUACCAUAAUACUGGUUAAGUGUGGGACUAUACUAUACAGUCAUUAUAAACCUGUUUAGAUUGAAUACAUCAGUCUGUUAUAGUACUUGUAUAAUGUAGCUAUAUUAAUAAAGAUUUCCUUUUUUAAAAAA